AACGCAUAUGUUCUGAUUGUCACACAGUUGCGAGCAGCGCGUCAAAACGCGUGAAGUGUCGUCGUUGUGUGUGACGCGUGGCGCUGAUAGGCGGGUCCACGCGUGUUUUCUUUAGCACUGAAGUCACACUGAAGUAAAGAAAGUUCAUUUGAACGCAGAAUGUCGCGCGUGUUAAACGCUUUCAGUUCCCGCAUCAUUCCCGCGUCCAGCAGAAGUGCGCGGAGGAUUUCUGCGCGGAGCGUCGCGACAGAUGACAGUGAUGGAGGUUGUGCGGCUCUGAGCAGGCGCUGGCAGGAUUCAGCGAAGACUGUGAUCAUUGGUGGAGGUUGUGUGGGGGUCAGUGUGGCGUAUCAUCUGGCUAAAGCCGGACAAAAGGACGUGGUUCUGCUGGAGAAGUCCGAGCUGACGGCCGGGUCCACAUGGCACGCGGCGGGCCUCACCACAUAUUAUCAUCCAGGCAUCAAUCUGAAGAAGAUUCAUUAUUACAGCAUUAAGCUCUUUGAGCAGCUGGAGGAGGAGACGGGACAGGCCGUGGGUUUCCAUCAGCCCGGCAGCAUCAGACUGGCAUCCUCUCCGGUCCGAGUGGAUGAGCUGAAAUAUCAGAUGAGCAGAACCCACUGGCACCCCACACCACAGUUUCUCAUCGCACCCGAGCAGAUCCAUGAGCUCUUUCCUCUGCUCAACAUGAACAAGGUGUUGGCGGGUCUCUAUAACCCCGGCGAUGGUCACAUUGAUCCGUAUUCUCUGACCAUGGCUCUGGCGGCAGGCGCUCGUAUGUACGGCGCUCAGAUCUAUCACCCGGCGCCGGUCACGGGUCUCACGCCCACCGCUGAUGGCAGAUGGGAUGUCCAGACUCCACACGGAACCAUCCGAGCCAAUCGCAUUGUCAACGCCACAGGUUUCUGGGCGCGUGAGCUGGGUCAGAUGAUCGGUUUUCAGCAUCCCACUGUUCCUGUACAUCACCAGUAUGUCGUCACGGCAACCGUUCCGGAGGUCAAAGCUCUGAAGAAAGAACUUCCUGUGAUCAGAGAUCUGGAGGGCUCGUAUUAUCUGCGUCAGGAGCGGGACGGCCUUCUUUUCGGACCCUACGAGACAGAGGAGAAGAUGGUUCUGCAGGACUCGUGGAUCAGAGACGGCGUUCCUCCAGGUUUCGGUAAGGAACUGUUUGAGUCUGAUCUGGACCGGAUCAUGGAUCACGUGGAAAUGGCCAUGGAGAUGGUGCCGGUUCUGAAGAACGCCGACAUCAUUAACAUCGUAUCUGGACCAAUCACAUACACUCCUGACCUGCUGCCUAUGAUCGGACCGCACCAGGGCGCACGCAACUACUGGACUGCCAUCGGCUUCGGGUAUGGUAUCAUUCACUCUGGAGGGGUGGGGAAGUUUCUCAGUGAUUGGAUCAUGAGCGGAGAGCCGCCGUAUGACCUCAUCGAAUGUGACCCAAACCGCUAUGGUCAGUGGACCAGCGCAUCGUACCUGUGUGCCAAAGCCAGAGAAUCUUACGGAUUCAACAACGUUGUGGGUUACCCUAAAGAGGAGCGUUUUGCAGGCCGACCGACUAACAGAGUCAGUGGUGUUUAUGAGCUAUUAAAGGAUAAAUGUUCAAUGGGUUUCCACGCGGGCUGGGAGCAGCCACAUUACUUCUACAAACCAGGAGACGACACUGGAUACAAACCCAGUUUCAGACGGACUAACUGGUUUGGACCGGUGGGGCGUGAGUGUAAACUGGUGAUGGAGAGAGUGGGUGUGAUCGACCUUUCACCUUUUGGGAAAUUCACAGUGAAAGGGGAAGAUUCACACAAGCUGCUGGAUGGACUGUUGGCUAACAGCCUGCCGAAGGUGGGUCAGACCAACAUCAGUCACAUGUUGACCCCGCGGGGGCGUGUCUAUGCUGAGGUCACGGUUACCCAGCAUGCACCUGGAGAGUUCCUGCUCAUCACAGGAUCAGGAUCAGAGCUGCAUGAUCUGCGAUGGAUGGAGCGUCAGGUGUCUGAUGGUGGUUAUCGUGUGAGUGUUUUUAAUGUGACGGAUGAGAUGGGUGUUCUGGGCAUCGCCGGGCCGAACUCCCGCAAGGUUCUUCAGAAGCUGACAGAUGAAGACAUGAGCGAUGCGGCGUUCAGAUUCCUGCAGUGUAAAUCCAUUCAGCUGGCCGGCAUUCUGGUCCGGGCCGUCCGGAUCUCCUACACGGGGGAGUUGGGCUGGGAGUUGUACAUGGACAUGAGCAACAUGUCAGCGGUGUAUGAAGCGCUCAUGGGCACCGGACAGGAUGAGGGGAUUGAUAACUUUGGCACAUAUGCCAUGAACUCCCUGAGACUGGAGAAAGGAUUCAGAGCUUGGGGCGCCGAGAUGAACUGUGACACAAAUCCUCUUGAAGCUGGUUUGGAUUAUUUCAUUAAACUCAAUAAGGUGAUGACAGAUCACACACACAUGUAUGUUUUUACCCAACCCCUAAACCUAUAGAUCAUAGAACACUUUUUGCAUUUUUAGAUUUUUAAAAAUAUUGUUCUGUACAAUUUAUAAGCUUUUGUGCCCAUGAGGACCUCAAUUUUGGUCCCCACGGUGACACGAGUCCCCAUGUGUUGGUGUGUAUUCAGGUUUAGGUCCCCACCGGGAUAUACAAACAUGAACACACACACACACACACACACACACACACAUGUCAUUUCUCAGAGCUUGCUCUAUCAUAUCUCAGUUAUGUUUCAUUUGAAUCUCAAUUCUUUACAACACAAUUGUUUUAAUUCUUUACAUUUAUUCAUUUGGCAUUUAAUGCUUUAGGAGGCUUUAAAGGGGUCAUAUGACACGGCUAAAAGGAAUAUUAUGGUUUGUUUUAGAUGUAAUACAAUGUGUAUACAGGAUUUAAGGUAUUUUCCACACACCGUGCAUGUUUGUAUCUCCUCUUUGCUCCGCCUCUCUGAAACGUGCAGAUGUUUUACAAAGCUCAUGGCUCUGAAAAGCGAGGUGUGCUGUGAUUGGCCAGUUCACCAGUGCGUAGUGAUUGGUGGAAUACUGCAAGCGUGUGAGGGAAAUGUAACGCCUCUGACCAUAUUUGGAACAUCAGGUUCCUCUUCAAUUGUACUGACAGGUACG